UGGCUCAUAAUAUCACAUCACUCCUGCGGUAUGACAAAAGCAAGGAUGAAGGUGGCUAGAAAUAUGCAAGUGUUUGCCUUAGCCUUAGCCUUAGCGAUGCUAAGAGCCUCCGCUGAACAGUGCGGAAAGCAAGCCGGCGGAGCCCUAUGCCCCAACGGCCUCUGCUGCAGCCAAUACGGCUGGUGCGGCAGCACCAACGAUUACUGCUCCAACAACUGCCAGAGCCAAUGCAGCGGUCCUACCCCAAAACCCAACCCCACCCCCUCUCCAGCCGGCGGAGGCGAUGUCGCCACCAUCAUUACCUCUCCCGUCUUUGAGCAAAUGCUGAAGCACCGCAACGACGCCGCGUGCCAGGGGAAGGGAUUCUACAGCUACAACGCUUUCUUAACGGCGGCCAGGUCGUUCCCGGGGUUCGGCACCACAGGCAACGACGCCACCCGCAAGAGGGAACUCGCCGCUUUCUUCGGACAGACGUCGCACGAGACGACCGGAGGAUGGGACAGUGCACCCGACGGUCGCUAUGCUUGGGGCUAUUGCUAUGUCAGGGAGGGCUCCAACACUGCCAGCUCCGGAUAUUAUGGCCGCGGACCCAUUCAACUGACACACAACUACAACUACGAGCAAGCUGGAAAGGCGAUAGGAGUGGACUUGGUGAGAAACCCGGAUCUGGUGGCCACAGACGCGGUGAUAUCUUUCAAGACAGCCAUAUGGUUCUGGAUGACGGCGCAGGGCAACAAGCCUUCGAGCCAUGACGUGAUCAUCAACAGGUGGACGCCAUCCGCCGCCGACACGUCAGCGGGGAGAGUGCCCGGUUACGGUGUGAUCACCAACAUCAUAAACGGCGGGCUGGAGUGCGGCCACGGCCAGGACAACAGGGUGGCGGACAGGAUAGGUUUUUACAAGAGGUACUGUGAUAUUAUGGGACUCGGCUACGGCAACAACUUGGACUGCUACAACCAAAAGCCUUUUGCCUGAUUACUGCUUGCUGCUUCCUAGUAAGUCAGAGAGGGCUUUCUUCUCAUGAACUUCUCUGUCUACGACUACAAAUGUCCUAUAAAUUCCUAUAAAAUAAUAAACAUCACCUUCUGGAA